AGAGUCCUACGGUACACAGCUGAGUUCUCCCGUUUGGUCGAGAUGAAGCUCACUCUCGCCCUUGCCCUCGUGGGUGUUUGCGCCCUCACGUCCGCGGUACCGGCGCGAAUUGUCGACAAGGACCUUUUGAUGAAGCAACGCAAAAUCCUCGGGCUGCUCUACCACAUCAACCAACCCACACACAUCGACGAGCACGUUCAAAGCACCUAUGACGUUGAAAAGGACAGAGACAGCUACACGAAACCCGAAGUUGUCGACAAGGUAGUGGAAUUCUGGUACAACGGGUACCAGCUACCCAGAGGUGAAAUCUUUUCCAUCGCUUACCCCAAUCACUUGGAACAAGCUAUGGCACUGUUCGACCUCUUCUACUACGCAAAAGACUUCGACACCUUCUACAAGGUGGCCAUCGAGGCGCGCAAGUACGUCAACGAGGGGUUGUUCCUGUACUCCCUGUCGGUUGCCGUGGUCCACCGCCGAGAUUGCUACGGCAUCAUGUUGCCUCCCAUCUACGAGAUCUACCCAAACUAUUUCUUCGACAGCGAGACGAUCAUGGAGGCGUACAGGAUGAAACAAACCAUGUCGGGCGUAGAAUCUGGCAAGACUCACGGCCUAACCAUAACGUCCAAUUACUCAGGGCACUACUUGAACCUGCACCCUGAACAGGCCAUGUCUUACUACAUGGAGGAUAUCGGUAUCAACGCGUUCUACUACAACUACUACUUGUAUUACCCCUUCUGGAUGGACGGCGAGAAAUACGGGCUGGACAAGGAUUGGAGAGGCGGCUUGUACAUCUUCAUCUAUCGCCAGCUGUUGUCUAGGUUCUACCUGGAACGUUUGUCCAACGGCAUGGGCCAAAUUCCGAUCUUGGACUUUGAAACUCCCAUGGAAACUCCUUAUUAUCCGUCGUUGAUGUACCCCAAUGGCCUUCCGUUCCCCGAGAGGCCCAAAUUCGCGAAGCUUUCCGAUUAUUUCUACACUUACGGUGAGAAGAUCAACACCCGCUACGGCUACAGUUACUCGUACAUCAAAGACUACACCCACCGCAUCGCGGACCUCAUCGACAGGGGAUACGUGUUCGACAAAACCGGCAAAAAGAUCGACCUGUACACCGGUGAAGGGCUCAACAUACUCGGCAACCUGAUGCAAGCCAAUCCAGACUCGCCCAACAACAGGUACUAUGGAGAUUUCAUCGGUUACGCGCGCCACCUCCUCGGGUACUCUUACACCCCGUUGACCAUGAACAAGGUUGCCCCAUCUGCGUUGGAGCAUAAGGAGACUAGUCUCAGGGACCCGGCGUUCUACCAACUGUACAAAUACGUCUUCCGCUACAUCCAAAGGUACCAGUCGUACUUGAAGCCGUACACGAAAGAAGAACUGAUGUUCCCCGGUGUGAUGAUCGAGAAAGUCGAAAUGGACCGUCUGAUCACCUACUUCGAGGAGUUCUACACGGACUUGUCCCAAGCGAUGUACUACUCGGAAGACGAGCUCAAGCAGCACCGCGACCUCAAGGUGCGGGCGAAGCAGUACCGUCUCGACCACAAACCUUUUACCUACAAAAUCUACGUCAAAUCGGACAAAGACACCAAAACCAUGGUGAAGGUGUUCUUGGGACCCAAGUAUGACGAGCACGGACGUUACAUCAACAUGUCGGAGAAUCGGUGGAACUUCUUCGAGCUGGACAAGUUCACAUACGACUUGAAGAGCGGCGACAACAUCAUUAAACGCAGCUCGUUGGAAUCGAUGAUGUUUAGCGAGGACAAGCCAGGUUUCCUGGAGCUCUACAAAAAAGUGAAGGCGGCCAUGAACGACGAGGGCGAGUACACCGUCGACUUGAAGCAGAACUACAUCAACUUCCCGAGGAGGUAUAUGCUGCCCAAGGGUACCAUCGGAGGGUUCCCGUACCAGUUUUAUUUCAUCAUAUAUCCGUUCGACAAGCCGUACAAGGGUAAUAUGCCCGAUGAGUGGAAGUACGGGUACCCGAUGCCCGGCAUGGGCGGACCCUAUAUGGACAUGUACCCUCUGAGCUAUCCAUUCGACAGGCCCAUUAAGUACGGCAAGAUGUUCUACAACGACAUCCCUAACACGUUCUUCUACGAGACGAGGAUCUACCACAAGACUGACAUCAACACGGUGACCGGACUUAUCAUCGGGUCACUCAAUGACACUUUAUUAGAAUUUGGUAUAAAAAGAAGACCGGUCCGCUGCCGAAAACCAGACUCGAAGUCCCGAUCUACCGCCGGCAUGAAGCUCGCUUUGGUCUUCGCCCUAGUGGGGUUGUGCGCCCUAGCCGUCGCCGUACCUACCACCACCACCACCACAACUCACAGUUUCAAAUCGAAAAUUGUGGACAAGGCCUUCCUUGAAAAGCAACAAAAGGUCCUCACCCUCUUCUACCACAUCCAGCAGCCCAGUUACUACGAGGAGCACCUGCAGAUCGUUCAAGCCGUACCGACUUUCCACCAAUGGCUCCAUGAUAACAAAGCACUGUUCACCAAACCCGAAGUGGUAGAACACGCGAUUGAGUUCUUCCACCACAACUACUGGCUACACAAGGGCGAGAUCUUCUCCGUGGCCCAGCACGAGCACAAGGAGCAGGCCGUGGCUCUCUUCAAGCUCUUCUAUUACGCCAAGGACUUCGACACCUUCUACAAGACAGCGGUAUAUGCCCGUCAUCACUUGAACGAGGGUCUCUUCCUUUAUUCGGUAUCGGUGGCCGUGGUUCACCGUCAAGACACCUACGGGAUCAUCCUGCCUCCGAUCUACGAAAUCUACCCGUGGUACUUCUUCAACAGCGACGUCAUCCACCAAGCCUACAAGCAGAAACAGAUCUACGAAGGUGAAGAACACAAGUCGGAGCACAAACACCACCAUAUCUUCGCCAAUUACUCCGGUCACUACUUGAACCUGCACCCGGAACAAUCCCUCUCGUAUUACCUCGAGGACAUCGGUAUCAACGCGCAGUACUACUACUUCCAGAUAUUCUAUCCCUUCUGGAUGGACGGGGAGGAGUUCGGCAUCAAGCACGACUACAGGGGCGAGUUGUUCUUCUUCGUCUACCAGAACCUCAUUGCCAGGUACUACUUGGAACGGCUGUCACACCGCCAAGGUCAGAUUCCGAUCUUAGAUUGGGAAGUACCAAUCACCGUUCCCUAUUACUCGUCGCUGCAGUACCCCAACGGGUUGCCAUUCCCCGAGAGGCCGGCAUUUGCUAACUUGCAUACCGCGUACUUCACUUACGGUCAGCACAUCAACAGCCCGUACGGUUUCAGUUACAAUUUCGUUCACGACUACGAGAGACGCAUCAGCGACGCUAUCGACCGCGGCUACGUUUACACCAACGACGGACAAAAGGUGGACCUCUACAGCGAGCAUGGUCUCGACGUAUUAGCGAACUUGAUAAACUCCAACCCCGAUUCGCCUAACUCCAGGUACUACGGCGGUUUCUUGAACUUCGCGCGUCAUCUGCUAGGAUACUCGUACACCCCGGUGUCUUACCACAAGUUGGCACCGUCUGUACUCGAGCACCCGGAAACAUCACUGCGCGAUCCCGCCUUCUAUAUGCUCUACAAGAAAGUAUUUAACUACUUGUACAAGUACCAAGCGUACCUGCACCCGUACAACAAAACCGACUUGGUCUUCCCUGGCGUGGAAAUCGAAAAGGUAGAAGUGGACCGUCUGAUCACCUACUUCGACGAUCACAUUUCCGACUUGAGCAACGCCGUUUGGGACUCGGUGAACGAGCUCAAAGAGGAUAAUUUCCACAUCUACGCUGUCCAACAGCGUCUGAAUCACAAGCCAUUCACGUACAAGAUUUACGUGAAGUCGGACAAGAGUAUCGACGCUACGGUGAAGGUGUUCUUGGGACCCAAGUACGACGAGUACGGGCGUUACAUCAACAUCACCGAGAACAGGUGGAACUUUGUGGUGAUCGACGCUUUCAAGUGGCAACUCCAGGCGGGCGAGAACGUCAUCAAGAGAUCGUCCCAGGAAAGCGAGUUCUACGGACCGGACAGAACCAGCUACCACGAUUUGUACAAAAAGGUACUGAGCGCUCACAAGGGACAAGAAGAGUUCCACAUUACCGGAGCCGAGAACUACUUCAGUUUCCCUCACAGGUAUAUGCUUCCAAAAGGCAGUGCCGGCGGCGUUCCGUUCCAGUUCUAUUUCAUAGUGUACCCUCACAAGCAGUAUCACCAGCACAAGGAGCACGAGUUCUUCUACCCGCGACCUGGAACUGGUGCCGGAUACGUAGAUGAUUAUCCAUUGUAUUAUCCGUUCGACAGGCCGAUCAAAUUUGGUCACCUGUUUGUCGACGAAGUGCCCAACUCCCACUUCCACGAGGUCAAGGUCUAUCACAAGGAAGUGCCGGAAUCUGGAAUCCAACACGUCCAGAAUCAGCAUUAGGGCCUAACCUGAAGACUGCUAUAGAAUUAUUUGCAAAGCGUUUAA